AUGGCGAUCCCAUCUACCUUUGAUGCCGUCAAGGCGCAUCUUGCCGAUAUCCAGGCAGACCCAUCUACGUCCAUUGAUAUCUCCCUUAUCGAGCGCCUUAAACUCCAGCUCGUUGCAAACACUGAUCCAACUGUCCCCGCGACACUCUUAUCGCAAAUAUCAGCUCUCUUGCCUAUCCUUCAGGAAGAUCCCACACCCCUCACAACUCUUGCAACUAAAGCGACCGACUAUUUUAGCUUUACUGAUCUUCGCUCUAUCGAGCCUCCCAUCGAUCUCGUCGCUGGCUUUAAAGCCCCAUCCCCACCCAUCAACCUUCUUGCUCUCUCUUUGCUGGCCAAGGCAGGGCUUGCAUCCGGUGAUGCUGCCAUAGUAGCAGGGGAACUGGGCUUGGUCGCAUCGCUUGUGGAAUUAUGGCUGUCAACUUCGUCUACUGGAGUCGCACAGGCAGCUCUCGAUACCUUGUGGGCCCUGUUGGAGGUCGACUUGGCCAACCACCUUGAGAAUGGAGAACGUGAACUUGCCAAUGAAGAAGGACAUACAGGCCAGGGUCUCAUGUGGAGAAGGGUUUUCACAGAUAAAGAUGUCUAUGGGAUUUUCUUUGGCCUGUGCAGUCUUCAGCCCGGUGCACCAGGAGAGCUGUCUAAACGCGAGCGCACUAUAGCCCAGGGAAGAUUGAUGGGAUUCCUGGUUAAGGCGGGCAGUCUUCGUUGGGACAUUAUCUCAAAAUCCCAAGUUCCAGAGGUGGAGGCUCAGUAUAAGAGCACCAGCCUCCUCCAUUUCGCAGCUUGUCAAAUGGUGGACGUGAGUGAUGUCUUGAUGCAUAUGACCCUUUUGAGCUUUUAUCGGGAACUUCUGGAAAUCGAUGCUCCCGGUCUCGUCGCUCGGCGCUAUGUGCAAUCCGCAUCGACUUUCUCGUCCCCGGCAUUGGACUUCUUGGUCGCGGAAAAGCUCCACUCCAAGGUACUGGAAUAUUACUUGGACGAUUCCAAGCUUGAUCCUGUGGACCUUAUUUAUCUCCCGGGUCCUGUUAUGGCGUAUGUCACAAGAUAUGCCGAGUCCUAUCCCAACCAUCUUCUACAAAACCCCCCGACUCUCCUGGAUGGCAUAAUUGCGCGCAUCAGCCGGGCACUUGCUAUUCCUUCCGUUCAAUGGGCACACGGUGAAGUUCCCACAGGACAUCUCGCCAUUCUUGCUUCCCUUCCUCGAGUACUGCUCAUUGAAGCUGGCAAGCACGGUGUCAAUCCUAUGUUAGCUAUACCUACCAGCCCGACCAAUGGAGAGGCUCUUGAUGUCCUGGGCAAGAUAUUCCGCGGGCCCGUACACACCGCAGUCUCUGAUUCUAUGGAUUUGAAUACCUCAGGCCAGACAGCCACGGAUUGGCACCACGAAGCUGCAGCAGCACGCAUGCUGUACUUCCUUUAUCUAAACGAGCAUCCCAACUUUUGGAAUGAUAUUGUUGCCGCCGCCGAUAUUCUUGUGAUGAAGGAUGUUGCGUUGUCUGCCAUCUCCUUAAUGAGAGCUAUCGUCUCCGCUAAUUGGCAGCCAUUGCCCCCGGCCUCUCAUGUUUCCGGGGCCUCGUCUCGGUUCCAACUGCCAUCUGAAGAAGGCCUGGGGCAAUUGUCUCCAGCUUCUAGUGGGCUGCUUCCUCUCUCUGGGCCAUGGGCCAUUCUUACUCCGCCUGCCCUGACAACCCUCCUUCCAUAUCUCUUCAAGCCACCGCGAUCAUACGGUGAAUUCGUGGGUGGCGGUGCUGGUGAUUCUCAAAAUGCUGUCUGGAAGGUGGCAACUGCUAAGCAUGAUGUCUUGGUGGCACUCUACCGCGCGCUUCAGGAAACCGGUGGACAAAUGGAAGGAUUUGAAGAUAUUCUGCGAACACUGCGACAACGAGUGAACGAGGGUCCCUCGGGCCCAGUGCAGCAGACUUCUGCCCAGGUGGAGACAGUCAACCUAUGA